CAACCACCAGGGGCGCUGCGGAGCGAGCUGCCUGGCGGAGCCAAGCUGAACCGGAAGUGUCGUUGUUCGGUGCUCUGUGGCGGCACGCAGUUAGCCUAGCGGCUAGUUUGUGGUUUGUGGGAGUCGACGCGGCGCAGUUUCAGAUGGGCGACAGCGACGACGAGUUCGACCGGCGCCGGCGGGACAAGUUCAGGAGGGAGAGGAGCGACAUGGAGCGGUCCAGAGAGCGGGAGGAGCGCAGGAGGGACGACUGGGCCGACAGGGAGUGGGAGCGCGGCAGGGAGAGGAGGCGGGACUACGACCGCGGCCGCAGGGAGCGCUUCUCCCCCCCCAGACACAUCAGCCCCCAGCACAAGCGCAUGAGGAGAGACUGGGACGACCACCGGGGGGAGCCGUACCGCUACGAGCUGCCGUACGCAGGAGGCGGGGCUCCCUUCCCGGGGGCGGGGCCUCAGGGCUGGCACCCGGACUUCCCCCAGCUCCACCCGCACCCCGGGGUGCACCCCCUGCAGGGCAGGCUGGGGAUGAUGGAUCCAGACCUGCCGCCGCCGGGUCCUCCCACCAUGAGGAGCUUCAAGGAGUUCCUGCUGAACAUGGAGGACAGCGUGGACGAGACGGAGGCGGUGAAGCGCUACAACCAGUACAAGCUGGACUUCAGGCGGCAGCAGCUGCAGGACUUCUUCCUGCAGCACAAGGAGCACCAGUGGUUCCGCUCCAAGUACCACCCCGAUGACAUCACCGCCAGGGGGGCGGAGUCUCUGGCCGCGCUCCAGACCCGGCUCGCCGUCUUCCUCUUCCUGCUGGACAACGGCUGGCUGGACGCCGUGUCCCUGGACAUGGAGCACGAGGCCGCCAUCACCAAGCUGCUGGACGCAGCGGUGAUAAAGAUGGAGGGAGGGACGGACUUCGACCUGCAGGUCCUGGAGGCGCCUGCAGGGGGCGCCGCGGUACCAGAGAGGAGCCAGACGGGUCCGAGCGACGGAACCGGUGCCGCUCAGAGCGGGUCGGAGACGGCGCCGAGUCAGGCGGAGGAGCCGGGCGGCAGCGAGAGGACCGCAGAACCCGACAAGGACGGCUCCAGGAGUCCUGCUGAUGAAGAGGAGGAGGAGGAUGAGGAGGAGAAGAAGGCGGAGCCAGCAAAGAAAGGCAGGAAGAGGAAGCGCAGCCUGUCGGCGGACAGCGGCGAGGGCAGCGGCUCGGACUCGGACUCCUCACGCUCCCACGGGGAGAAGGAGGAAGAGGAGGAGGACGCGGAGGACGAGCGCCGCAAGGAGAGGGAGAAGGAGGCGCCGCCCAAGCCCCGCCCCCUGCACCUCACCACCUCCCUGUUCAUCAGGAGCAUCCCUCCAGAGGUGUCCAAGGAGGACAUCACUGCCUUGUGCCGCAGGUACCCCGGCUUCCUGCGGGUGGCGCUGUCGGACCCUCAGCCAGAGAGGAGGUUCUUCAGGAGGUGCUGGGUGACGUUUGACCGCAGCGUCAACAUCAAGGAGACCUGCUGGAACCUCCAGAACAUCAGGCUGAAGGACUGCGAGCUGGCUCCGGUGGUCAACCGGGACCUGAGCCGGCGCAUCCGGACCGUCAACGGUCUGACGCACCACAAGCCGGUAGUGAGGAACGACAUCCGUCUGUCGGCGCGGCUCAUCCACAGCCUGGACCAGAGGGGGGCGCUGUGGAGCGAGCAGACGGAGACCAACCCCGUCCUGAAGAACAUCACCGACUACCUCAUCGAAGAGGUCAGCGCCGAGGAGGAGGAGCUGAUCGGUGCGUCUGGAGGAGGCGCAGAGGAGGACCCCAGGAACCCCGCCUCCUCCUCCGACGUUCCCGUGGAGACGGACGGGAAGCUGCUGCAGGUGCUGGACCGCCUGCUGCUCUACCUGCGGCUCGUCCACUCCGUGGACUACUACAACUUCUGCGAGUAUCCCGCCGAGGACGAGAUGCCGCAUCGCUGCGGCCUCAUCCACGUCCGGGGGCCGCUGCCCGUGGCCAGGAUCACCCCCACAGAGGUGAGUGAACACCUGAAGAUGUGUGAAGAGCGUCUGGCUCCUCUGUUCUCGCCGUCAGAGACGCUCAGCGAAGAAGAAGCCGUUCGGCUGGGCAAGAAGAACCCGGAGCAGGAGGUAGAGAAGUUCCUGGCAGCCAACACCCAGGAGCUCAGCAAAGACAAGUGGCUCUGUCCUCUGAGCGGCAAGAAGUUCAAGGCUCCAGAGUUUGUCCGUAAACACAUCCUGAACAAACACGGCGAGAAGGUCACUGCUGUCAGGCAGGAAGUGGAGUUUUUCAACAACUUCCUGCUGGACGCCAAGAGGCCCGCCCUCCCUGAGAACAAGCCCCUCCCACCGCCAGCACAAGCCACUCCUCCUGGGAUGGCAGCGUUUCCUGGUCAGUCUCCUCAGCAGCAAAGCCUUCUGGGAUAUCCGCCAGGAAUCAGGCCUCCCAUGCCAGGGUUCCCAGGUGUGGGACCCCACCUCCCCCCCGGCCAGUUUGGCGUGGGCCGUGGUAACUAUGACAACUUCAGAGGCCCGGUAGGAGGCGGAGCGUUUCCUGGGAAACAGAGAAACAGCAGGGGAAUGAGAGGAGACCCCCGCUCCAUCAUCGAGUACAGAGACCUGGACGCUCCAGACGACCUCGACUUCUUCUAACAAGUCCUCUUUUUUACUUUUUUAUCCCUCGUUUUUCCUCCAGUUGUCUUUCAGUCAGUUAGAGAUUAUAGGCCCGAAAGAGUGAGACGGUGUGAGACGAUGUGAGAGUGAGACGGUGUGAGAGUGAGACGGUGUGAGAGUGAGACGGUGUGAGUGUGAGACGGUGUGAGUGUUAGCAGGACCAACGUCAGUUAUUAGUCAGCAUAACGAUGUGAAUCUGGACAGUUUUUCCAAUAAAGACCUGAAGACCCA